AAUGUGUGUGACAGAGUAAACCAGAGCAGGCUGUGUGGUUAGCUAGAAAUUUGAGCGCCCAGGACAUAGAGUUCUCUUGAGGGAAAGCCAAAUAACAUUAGUAGGGGGCAUAAAGUGCCUUAGAAUAAUUCGCUAUAACUGCAUCCCUGCUUUGACUAGUGGUCACACCGUGUGUAGAAUUAAAUGGCUGUUGGUCGGCCAUGAUGGCUUUUCACAGGGACCGUGUGUUGCAAACAUGUAUUCACAGUGAUAUAUUUAGUUUAGUGAAUGAGUGAGGGUGUUUAACUGCAAUGGCAAAUAAACGAUGAGACCCUGAGGAUUGAUUGCGAGGGUGUUGAGGCCUUGGUGGGUGCCUCAAAGUUGGCCCCGGAAGAGGAAUAAGAGGGCCAAGCACGCCCCGGGCACCCCCUCAGACAUUCGCAUACAUCCAUAUAAUAUAACUCGACGACCAUAGAUAUACUAAAUAAGCUUUAUAAUAUAUAAAGAUAAAGAAAAGAACGAAAGGCCGAAUAGUGUUAUUGGUGUAAUAAAUUCGGAUCAUAACAUUUUUAUUAAUUGUAUAUCGUGACGAGUGAAGUGCAUAAAAGAAAGCAUAACAGUGCGUGUGUGUUUACUUAUUUAUUCUUUUUUUUCUUAUUCUUCAUUUCAUUUUUUGUUCAUUGCUUUAUCGUGUAACAAAAACAUACAUUCAUGAUGAGCAAACUGUCGUUCAGGGCGAAGCCCUUGGACGCUUCAAAACCAAUGCCUAUUUAUAUGGCAGAGGAACUGCCAAAUUUACCGGAUUAUUCAGCAAUAAACCGUGCGGUACCUCAAAUGCCAAGUGGAAUGACUAAAGAAGAAGAAUGUGAGCAUCAUCUUCAAAGGGCAAUAUGUGCUGGCUUAAUUAUUCCUACACCUGAGGUAACAGAUUUAACAGACGUAGAAGCUUAUGAUAAAAUUUAUCCGGCCGAUUACAAAUUACCUCGACAACUAAUACAUAUGCAACCCUUUGCAAUGGAACAAGAUAUUCCAGACUACGAUAUGGAUUCCGAGGAUGAAAAAUGGGUUGGGAUGCAAAGUAGAAAAAUGGACUUAACACCAUUGCAGUUCGAAGAAAUGAUGGAUCGACUGGAAAAAAGUUCUGGACAAACAGUCGUUACAUUAAAUGAAGCUAAAGCGUUAUUAAAAGAGGAUGAUGAUCUUAUUAUUGCUGUAUUUGAUUACUGGCUAAAUAAAAGACUUAAAACUCAACAUCCACUUUUAUUGACGGUAAAAACAGAUCAUCGGCCUGGUUCAGCUGCAAACAAUCCUUACUUAGCUUUCCGAAGAAUCACAGAAAAAAUGCAAACUCGUAAAAAUCGUAAAAACGAUGAAAGUAGUUAUGAAAAAAUGCUUAAGUUACGUAGAGAACUCAGUAAAGCUGUAACACUUCUUGAAUUAGUAAAAAGACGUGAAAAAACUAAAAGAGAACAUCUGCAUCUUACUAUUGAAGUAUUCGAAAAGAGAUAUCAAGCAGAAGAUUUCAAUGGACAAAUACUCGCAGAAGUUUCAGCAUUGAAGACAGUAAGGCCGGCAUUUGCUCCACUAUUUACGAAUCAAUUCGGUGUGCAUCAGAAUUGGUCAAAUAAAGUUUGUAAAAAAGAAGAUGGUUUACCAAGGAAAGAAAAAAGACAGUAUAAGAAACGAAAACAUAAACUUGAUGGUAGACCAAGUAGUGGCUUAGAUGAAGGAGUAUUGAUGCGCACUAGUAGUAGUAGUCAUCGUCAUUUACGCACCGGAGUUCUCGGGAGUAGUGGGCUGGACCCGCUUGCCAGCUCAGAUGAAGACAAUCCUUUCCCACACACUCAAUUGUCUACAUCAUCAAUGCUUACUAAUGAUCAUGACGAUGAUGAUGACGUCGCUGAUGAGAGCCCAUUUACAUUUAGACGUAAUCGUUAUUGCAAUUACUUACCGCCUGUAUCAGGGGGAUUAGGUAAUUGGCCUUGGUAUAGUAAAGAUGAAGGUGGAACAGCUGAUAAAAAAUAUAGGUUUGCUUUAACAAGUAUAAGUAAGCCUACUCCAAGAUGUAUUGGAUAUGCGAGAAGGAGAAUUGGUCGGGGUGGCAGAGUAAUAUUGGAUCGCUAUCCAACUGAUAUCGAUGAUAUUUGGUCUUCACUAGAUUUCACGAUACAUGAACCACAAGAUCUACAGCAAACAGAUCCAAUUAAUAAUAAUGCCACCAACCUUAAACAAGAAUGGUUGCAUUUUCAUCCAAAGACUACUUCACCGGUAGCUGGUUUAGAUCCUAAUCCAAGUGACGAGGAAAGUAGUUGGUCUACAAGUAAUAGCAGUAGAGCAAGCCGCAACAGCAGUAAUAGCAACAGCUGCAGUGAAGAUUCAGAGGGUGAAAUAGAUGGUUAUGGAAUACGUACAUCAUCUUCAUCCACUCUGUAUCCAUUUCCUCCAGAGGCAACGUCAUUGUGCGUUGAUAUUGAACCAGAACGUUUUAAUAAUUGUGACGAAACGCCUUUCACUACAGAAUUUAAUAUUGCUGAUUAUUUCUCUGUGGAUGAAUUAACGGACUUUGAACUUGGUGUGCAAAAUACAAGUGAGGAGACUCUAGGCAGUUCGCGCUUCCAAGUGACUCCUGUAAAUAAUACCUUCAAUUAUCGUAAUAAUCAGUGCAGUGUUAGUAAAAGUGUAAAUAAUUCAUCGGGAACGAUAAAAAAAAUCCAAAACUCACCAUCAACUUCAGUUAAUGUAACAAAUUCUCUUUCAUCAACAUCAUCAUCUCAGCCAUAUUCAUUACCUUCGCUAUCAUCAUCGUCAUCAUUGUCAUCAUUGUCUUCUGCAUCAUCAUUGUCGUCAUUAUCAUCAUUUACUACGGCAACGACAAUAACGUCUACGACAUCAACAGCAUUCACAACGACUGCAACAUCAAUGAUGUCUUCAACAGCUAUAACUACAAUGAAUUCUACAACAUCAUUAUCAUUGACAUCUCUAUCAACAACAGUAGUAACAACAGCUACAAUGACUACAGCAACUGUAGCUUCAACUACUUCGUCAACAUCAACAACUGUAAUGACAACAACAUCGAUGAUUAAUCCUACAACGUCAUCGUUAUCAUCAUUGUCAACAUUAGCAGUGUCAACUAAUUCUCCAACCAGUACCACACACAGUAAUACUUCCACAUUACCAUUAAUGACAGGUGGUUCUAUGCCCACGUCACUAUUAUCGUUAUCAUCUGGUUCUUCUACCUCGUCUAUGGAUCAUCGGGCACCUUCCUCAAUAACAAUCAUUUCAUCCAGUCUACCUACAUCGACAUCUCAUCCAUCAAAUAGUAUAAUUACUACUCAACCAAUAACUCAGUGUACAGGAAGUAGUGGAAUAAGUAAUCAAAUGAGACAGUUAAACCAGCAGAAUAAUUUACACAAUUAUCAUCUUAAUCAACAAAAUUACAAUUAUCAACGAUCAUUAGUGAACAGUAAUCAAUUAUCAUCAUCAAUAUUAUCAAAAUCAUUGACUAGUCCAACGAGAAAUACGAGAAUCGGUAGUCUGCUGGGUUUUGGUAAUGGUCAUCAACAAAACGGUCCCACAUCAAAUAUACAUAAUAAUAGUGUUGUUAGUGGAGCUAUUGUUUCGAAUAAUAUUGGUGGAACACAUAAUAUCAAUGCUAAUAUUCAGUCAGCAGUUGUUACGCCGCAAAUACAUUCUUCACCGUCCAGUUUACUACCUGGGUUUAUAGCCCAAACAAAACUUGCUAAUUUAGCACGACAACAACAACAACAAGAUCAAUCGCAACAAUCACAAUUAGAAAUACCUACGUCCGGGGAAAUUACGCUUAAUAGUAAUAGUGAAGGGAUGGGCAUGGAAGUAGAUGGAGUCGAAGGAUCAUCAUGUGAAAAUAAACAACAGCAACAACAACAAAUCGUACGAACUAAUAAAAACAAUUCACUUGCAAUGGAAGUGACAUGAUGCUUACUACUCUCGCCCCGAUUACUGUUACUAGCAUUACACUAUCGGGGAUUUUACUAAAAGUGUUGGGGAAAAUAAAAUGAAUAAAAAUAAAAAAAAUAAAAAUAUAAAAAAAUGAAAAAAUUGAAAAAA